UGUCGGGCGCCCGCGGGGCGACGCCGAGCAACUUUGCGACUGGGUCCCGGCGACGGCGGCGCGGGCCCGGCUCCCCGGCAGGCGCCCCCGCGGCGCGACCAGGCACCAUGGGGAGCAAAGGUGCUUACCGUUACCACUGGCAGAGCCACAACGUCAAACACAGCGGCGUGGACGACAUGGUCCUGCUCUCCAAGAUCACGGAGAACGCCAUCGUGGAGAACCUGAAGAAGAGAUACAUGGACGAUUACAUUUUUACAUAUAUAGGAUCUGUAUUAAUCUCAAUCAACCCUUUCAAGCAGAUGCCUUAUUUUGGGGAAAAGGAAAUUGAAAUGUACCAAGGAGCGGCACAGUAUGAAAACCCACCACACAUCUACGCUCUCGCAGAUAACAUGUACCGGAACAUGAUGAUCGACAGAGAGAACCAGUGCGUCAUCAUCAGUGGUGAAAGCGGUGCUGGCAAGACCGUGGCUGCGAAGUACAUCAUGAGUUAUGUGUCUCGCGUGUCUGGAGGAGGCCCCAAAGUGCAGCACGUCAAGGACAUCAUCCUCCAGUCCAACCCGCUGCUCGAGGCCUUCGGCAACGCCAAGACUGUCCGGAACAAUAACUCUAGCCGAUUCGGAAAAUACUUUGAAAUCCAGUUCAGCCCAGGUGGGGAGCCGGAUGGUGGGAAGAUCUCCAACUUCCUCCUGGAAAAGUCCCGUGUGGUCAUGCGGAACCCUGGAGAGCGGAGUUUCCACAUCUUCUAUCAGCUCAUCGAGGGUGCCUCAGCAGAACAGAAGCAUAGCCUCGGCAUCACCAGCAUGGACUAUUACUAUUACCUGAGCCUCUCUGGCUCCUACAAGGUGGACGACAUUGAUGAUAGGAGGGAGUUUCAGGAAACGCUGCACGCCAUGAAUGUCAUCGGCAUCUUCGCCGAGGAGCAGACGCUGGUGCUGCAGAUUGUGGCGGGCGUGCUCCACUUGGGCAACAUCAGCUUCAGAGAAGUGGGCAACUACGCGGCCGUGGACAGCGAGGAAUUUCUGGCCUUUCCUGCCUAUCUUCUGGGGAUCAGUCAGGACCGGCUGAAGGAGAAGCUGACGAGCCGGCAGAUGGACAGCCGGUGGGGCGGCAAGUCCGAGUCCAUCCACGUGACCCUCAAUGUGGAGCAGGCGUGUUACACCAGGGAUGCGCUGGCCAAGGCCCUGCACGCACGGCUCUUUGACUUCCUGGUGGACUCUAUCAACAAGGCAAUGGAGAAGGACCACGAGGAGUACAACAUUGGUGUCCUGGACAUCUACGGCUUUGAGAUAUUCCAGAAAAAUGGCUUCGAACAGUUUUGUAUCAAUUUUGUGAAUGAAAAAUUACAGCAGAUUUUUAUUGAAUUGACACUGAAGGCAGAACAGGAAGAAUAUGUGCAGGAGGGAAUACGAUGGACCCCCAUUGACUACUUCAAUAACAAGAUCGUGUGUGACCUCAUAGAGAACAAAGUGAACCCCCCUGGGAUCAUGAGCAUCCUGGACGAUGUGUGCGCCACCAUGCACGCCGUGGGGGAGGGCGCAGACCAGACGCUGCUCCAGAAGCUCCAGAUGCAGAUUGGCAGCCACGAGCACUUCAACAGCUGGAACCAAGGCUUUAUCAUCCACCACUAUGCUGGGAAGGUAUCCUAUGACAUGGAUGGCUUCUGUGAAAGGAACCGGGAUGUGCUCUUUAUGGAUCUGAUCGAGCUUAUGCAGAGCAGCGAGCUACCCUUUAUCAAGUCUUUAUUUCCGGAAAAUCUGCAGGCGGACAAGAAAGGGCGUCCAACUACUGCUGGGAGCAAAAUAAAGAAACAAGCCAAUGACCUCGUGAGCACCCUGAUGAAGUGCACCCCUCACUACAUCCGCUGCAUAAAGCCCAACGAGACCAAGAAGCCCCGGGACUGGGAGGAAAGCAGGGUGAAGCAUCAAGUUGAGUACCUGGGUCUGAAGGAGAAUAUUCGAGUUAGAAGAGCUGGCUAUGCCUAUCGACGCAUCUUCCAGAAAUUCCUACAAAGGUACGCCAUUCUGACAAAAGCCACCUGGCCCUCCUGGCGUGGGGACGAGAAGCAAGGUGUCCUGCACCUGCUGCAGUCCGUCAACAUGGACAGCGACCAGUUCCAGCUGGGCCGCAGCAAAGUGUUCAUCAAGGCGCCUGAGUCGCUGUUUCUUCUAGAAGAAAUGAGAGAGAGGAAGUAUGAUGGGUAUGCACGAGUGAUACAGAAGUCCUGGAGAAAGUUUGUGGCCCGGAAGAAAUAUGUCCAGAUGAGAGAAGAAGCCUCAGACCUCCUGCUGAACAAGAAGGAGAGGCGGAGAAACAGUAUCAACAGAAACUUCAUCGGGGACUAUAUCGGGAUGGAGGAGCACCCGGAGCUUCAGCAGUUUGUGGGCAAGAGGGAGAAGAUCGACUUUGCAGACACAGUGACCAAGUACGACCGGAGGUUCAAGGGCGUGAAGCGAGACUUGCUCCUGACCCCGAAGUGCUUGUACCUCAUUGGGCGAGAAAAGGUGAAGCAGGGCCCGGACAAGGGCCUGGUGAAGGAGGUGCUGAAGCGGCGGAUCGAGCUGGAGCGGCUCCUCUCUGUGUCCCUCAGUACCAUGCAGGACGACAUUUUUAUCCUCCAUGAGCAAGAGUAUGACAGUUUGCUUGAAUCUGUCUUCAAAACGGAAUUUUUAAGCCUCUUAGCAAAACGUUACGAGGAGAAAACCCAGAAGCAACUACCUCUGAAGUUUAGCAAUACGCUUGAGCUCAAGCUGAAGAAGGAGAGUUGGGGUCCCUGGAGCGCGGGGGGCUCCCGGCAAGUGCAGUUCCACCAAGGCUUCGGAGACCUGGCCGCCCUCAAGCCUAGUAACAAAGUGCUCCAGGUCAGCAUCGGACCCGGACUGCCCAAGAAUUCCCGUCCUACCAGAAGGAACACGGUUCAGACCAGGGGUCAUUCCAGUGGGACGCAGAACGCCACCUACCCCAUGAGAGCCGCACCGCCGCCCCCAGGGUACCACCAGAACGGAGUCAUCAAAAACCAGUUUGUGCCACACCCGCAGGCCCCAGGAGGCCAGAGGCAGACCCAGAGGGGCCUAUACACAUCCAUGGCCCGGCCACCCCUGCCGCGGCAGCAGUCCACUGGCUCCGAGCGGCUGUCGCAGGCGCUGGACAGCUUGGACUUCCUCAGGGUCCCGGACCAGGGCGCCGCUGGUGUCCGGAGACAAACGACCAGCCGCCCGACCCCUGCAGGGGGCAGGCCGAAGCCGCAGCCCAAGCCUAAGCCCCAGGUGCCGCAGUGCAAGGCCUUGUACGCCUAUGACGCUCAGGACACAGACGAGCUCAGCUUCAAUGCCAAUGACGUCAUCGACAUUAUCAAGGAAGAUCCUUCAGGCUGGUGGACAGGGCGACUCCGGGGCAAGCAGGGCCUGUUCCCCAACAACUACGUGACCAAGAUUUGAGGCGCACAGCGAACAGAUGUACAGGCCAUUGCGAAGGGAGUAUUCAGGGGUGGGAGGGCUCUCUCGGAUCCAGCAGCAGCACCUGCUUCUCCAAGGCCUGGAGUUCUUCUGGAACCUUCCCCACAGAGCAUGUGGCAGAGCUGGGGCGGGGACAGGGAGUGUGAUUCCCCUGCAGUGAUCCCUAGAGGUGGCCAGGCAGAGGGACCCCGGGGUGCUAGGGGCAGACCACCUCCACUAUGAUUUAUUUAUUGUAUUUAAACCUGGUGAGAGGGCAGGGCUGCCGCUGACAAGUGCCUUUCCUUGAACAACACACUUCCUCCUCCUCCUCCGGGACACAUUCCUCUGCGCCUCCGACCCAGUGCCAGGGCAGUGCAGCCUGCAGGCAUCCAGGCGCUGAGGGGCUCCAGUGGGGCUGGGUGGGAUGUGGCUGGGCCAUGUUGCUGUACCUGUUCCAAUGAUUUUUUUUUUUUUAAAGCUGUACAUUUAUAAAGAACCCAAAGCGGAUCCUAUACUGUAUGUGUGAGCACCUCUGGAUUGUAGGAAUGUGUAUGAAUGUACCAAAUAGCCACAAUGCUGGUCCAAGGCCGGUACCUGCAUACGGCGCACCUGCCUUCUCCAUUCCCCCAACGUUUCUGUCCUCUGCUCUGCCAUACCCCCACCCUCGCCCCGACACCUCCUAAGCAAAUAAAGCAAUCCGCAAACUGCCCUGUU